GUUUUAUGCUACCCUUCUUGUAUGUAUAAUAUGCUGCUCGACGCAGGUAUAAAAGCAACUUCGACGAGCUAAAACGGCAUCAGUACAGUUUGAGCAUAAAGCUGCUCGUUUUAUUUUCACAUCGUAAUCUACCCUACUACAUCGAAACAUGUCUGGCCGAGGCAAAGGUGGAAAAGUUAAGGGAAAGGCAAAGUCCCGCUCGAGCCGCGCUGGAUUGCAGUUCCCAGUUGGUCGUAUUCACCGUCUUCUGAGGAAGGGCAACUACGCCGAGCGCGUUGGUGCCGGUGCUCCUGUCUACCUGGCUGCCGUGAUGGAAUAUCUGGCCGCUGAAGUUCUCGAGUUGGCAGGAAACGCCGCCCGUGACAACAAGAAGACCAGAAUCAUCCCACGUCACCUGCAGUUAGCCAUCCGCAACGACGAGGAGUUGAACAAACUGCUGUCCGGGGUGACCAUCGCCCAGGGUGGUGUCCUGCCAAACAUCCAGGCCGUCCUGUUGCCCAAGAAGACCGAAAAGAAGGCUUAAAUUUGAUCGGAAACCACGCCCAACAUGUA